AUGGAUACUACAACGUUUGAGGAUCUCGGUGACGACAUCGUCUGCCUCAUUCUUGACAAGACGCUGAAGCCAGUCCCUCCUGGAAUCGCUUCCAGAACACUCGCAAGCUUCGCAUGCACUUCUUCUCGUUACGCAAGUCUCAUGAAGGAGCGCGGCUGGGAGCGCGCAUGCAGGAACGCGCUGCCAGAUCUGUGUGAGAUCCUGCUGAGUGCAGACAAGGAGAGCCCGGGAGAUGCAGGCUGGGACUGCUUUGCAAAGCUGCUGACUAGGUGCCCUGGCUAUCGAAGCAAGUUGGUCUACCUGGUGUACGUCACACCCUACAGUACAUCCCAAACGCUGUUUACAAAUACCAGAGGACAGAUUAAAGGCCUCGAGACCUUCAAUGUUGCCCUGAAGAGCCAUGUCAGCGACAAUUGGCUUUUAGAGUCACCCCCCACCUUCCUGAGUGAAGGAGAGAAGAUCCUGCCAGGUCUGAUCCGCGCCAAAAGUCCGUUCUUUCUGCUUAGCAACUGCGAGAGUGGACCUUCUCACGUGGUCCGAAGCACGUACACGGAGUGGAAGACGCAGGGUCCAAAUCGGAACGUGUGGAAAGAGGUUCCCCUGGUAGAGAGAAGUCCUCCAACACAGGCGAUUGUUGAGGUCUACCGGGGUUUGGUGGCGGACGUCAGCGCCCUCGCUUCUGACUUUGCACACACAACAGGCGAUGCGGUUAUUUGUGAAAAAGAGCCGGCUGCGUUGGACCGCAAGGCAGCACUGAAGACGCCUGAAGCAAAGCAGUGCCCCUUUUGCGCGAGGCCAAUGCAGCGCAUUUCAUCCCGCUUCCACAACUGGGAGCUUUGCAGUUUGUUUGGUGCAGCGAGCGCAGCAUUUGACGUCUGCUCGUCCGGCCACAUCUAUGUGCGUGCGUGA